AUGCACAGGACGCUAUCAACAGUCGCGCGUGGAACAGCGUUCGAGCAACGGUCGCUUCAAUUACUUCAAGAAUGUUUCUCCAUGUCCCUCAAACGCGUCGGUGGCAAAUCUGAUGGCGGCAUCGACUUGCUGGGCUGGUGGUGGCUUCCCCUUAGCUCAGUCUCCCAGUCUACUCCGAUCACACCACCACGUAGACGCAUACGCGUCCUUGCGCAAUGUAAAGCAGAGAAGAAGAAGUUCUCGCCAAACUACGUUCGCGAGAUGGAAGGCGUCUGGCAUAUGCACGCUCAAGACCGCUCCCCUUCCGAAUCUAACAUACGCGUGUCUGAACUGGGUACAGUAGCGCUCCUUCUUUCAGAGUCAAAAUUUACUACCGCAACCCUCACCCGUGCACUCGGAUCCAGCGUUCCCUUUCUGCUCAUGCACCUCCCUCCCCCUCCGCCAAUUUCUUCAGAUUCGCCCGUUGAAACCACCCUCGGAGAAGUUGGCUCUGCUUUCUGGAAUCCCGCUCUCGGUGGUGCGCAAGGUCUUCUUCGAGGAGAACUUGAUGUUCGAUGGGAACGUGACCCGGGAGGUGGUGGACGGCCUGGGUUGUGGUGUCGUGACAAAAGAGUGCAGAACUGGACGCCGGAUGCACAUGGGGAGUGUGUUCACGCUUCCAAGGAUAUUGAUCGGUGA